AUGAGGAAGCUGAUUCCUGUAGCUUUGUUGCUCACUGUGCUCUACAGUGGAAGAGCCAUUGCUAGUGGAAAAAUGACUGCAAUGAAGGCUACAAUUCAACAAGCGCAUUCUGCUUCAAGAACUAAAAACAAUCUGUCUGCACUCAAACUUUCAGCUGCAAAUACAGAUUUUGCCUUGCGUCUCUACAGACAGAUUGCCUCCCAGCCAAGCUCAACUUCCAAGAAUAUUUUCUUCUCUCCUAUAAGCAUCUCCUCCAGCCUGGCCAUGUUGUCACUGGGUGCAAAACAUAACACUCUGAAUCAACUACUACGUGUUCUUGGGUACUCCAAUAUGUCAAAGAAUGAUGCAGCCGAGGUGCAUGCAACAUUCAGAUACCUCCUGCAAGAGUUAACCAGUGAAAACAGUGAGCUGCAUAUGACGAUGGGGAGCUCUCUCCACAUCCAGCAGGGACUAAAUCUUCAAAAGAAAUUCCUUGACGAUACAAGGCAAUUUUAUAAGGCAGAGACAGUCAGUACUGAUUUCAGAGUGUUAGACAAAGCAAAAAGAAAGAUCAAUGCUUACGUGAGAAAACAAACAAAUGGCAAAAUCCAAGAAUUCAUUAAAACGCUUAAUCGGAACACUGUAAUGGUUCUUAUUAAUUAUAUCUUGUUCAAAGGUAAAUGGGUGAAACCUUUUGAUCCUCAGAAAACCUAUGAAGAUGACUUUCAUGUUGAUGAUACAACAACAGUUAAAGUUCAAAUGAUGAAGAGGCAAGGAAGAUAUUAUAUGAAUUAUGAUGAAGAACUUCGUAGUUCUGUGAUUUUGAUUCCUUAUAAAGGAAAUGCUUCUCUCGUGCUUAUACUACCAGAGCAAGGAAAAUUAGCAGAAGUGGAACAAAACUUGACAAUUACCAAUUUUCAAAAUUUAAUAACAUCAUCACGGAUUGGGUCUGUGGAUCUACGCCUCCCAAAGUUGUCUUUAAGAUCGACGUACCAACUCAAGCAACUGCUGAUUACAAUGGGGCUUGUAGACGUCUUCACUAAUAAUGCGAAUCUCUCCAAAAUCACUAAAUCUGGACCAGUACAUGUAUCGAAGGUGAUUCAUGAAGCAGUUCUGGAUGUCGAUGAAAGAGGAACUGAAGCCACAGCAGUUACAGGAGUUGGUUUGAUGCCGAUGUCAAAGCCUCCUCAACUUAAAUUUAAUAGACCCUUCUUACUAUUAAUUGCUGAACACAGCAGCAAGAGUGUCCUGUUUGCAGGGAGAGUGAUGAAUCCCACUGUUUAA